GCAUUGGAAACGAAACAAUUAUGGUAUCGAUUUCGUUUUAUGUGUGAUGGUCUUUAGGUGGUUUCGCGGGCUGAGGCCGCGACGCUAUAAAAGCUAGAUCGACCGGAUCGAAUGUGACACUCUCGCAACUAAGACGUCCGUUUCGUGACUGGUGGUGUCUUUGCAGCAUGAGAUUAAUUAUAGUGCUGGCUGCGUUGGUCGCGCCAGCCAUCGCAGAAAGCUACCAAGAGAAAGAGUAUUAUCAAUAUCGAGGCCCACCAGCGCCUCUUUCGAGCGAUGGCCUCGUCAUUGACACACCGGAAGUGGCUCACGCAAAGGCUAUGCACCUAGCGAUGCACGCGGAGGCUAUGGCCAGGCUGAGGAAGGCUCGAAAUGACUAUGACAUGUACGACAACAACGACAUGAUGUACACGCCUCGCACGAUGGAAGAGCCGAUGAUGCAGAAGCGUCAGCGGCCGAGAUCUUUCGCUCCUCUGGGUCGCGAUGGACGCGUCAUCGACACUCCUGAGGUGGCCGCAGCGAAGGAGGCCCACAUGGCAGCACAUGCACGCGCAGCGUCGAAAGCGACUGAAUAUUACGACUUAGACGUGUAUGACGGUCAAAGAAAUUUGAUUUACUUGACCCCUGUUCGCGUCGCUUACAAACACACGCCAGCGGUGGUUUAUCGUGGACCCCUGGCGCCAUUGGGCCCCGAUGGUCGCGUCAUCGACACACCGGAAGUGAAGAGGGCGCGUGAUGCUCACAUGAAAGCUCGUGCUCGUGCUCUCGCGCUCUCUACGCACAAUGAUCUUUACUACUGAAAGGGAAAGAAUGUUUUUAAAUGCAAUUCAAAGUUUUUCAGGUAAAUAGAUAUCUGUAACAUAUGUUAGGAAGCAAUUUUUAGUUAAUGGUUGCUUUUGAUUGAAAAAUUCAGGCAGUCAGUUUCAGCAUUGUAUUUGCUGAAAGGAUCAGUAUUUUUGUGAUGUAUUUUCUCCGAAUUUUUUUUCCAUAUUUUUAGGUUCGCUGGUUAAUACAAAAAACAACAAUAAUUUCUUUCCCUUUACCUGAACUUCAUUGAAUUCGUUACAUUCUAAAAUUAAUAUAUUAAAUAUCAAACUGUUUUCUUGACAAUUCUCGUGACAGUGAAAACCACGCAAUGUAAUUUUUACACGCAGGAGCAAUUAUGUGAAACACAGUUCGUAUCGUACCUGAUUUUUUACGCUUCACGAGACUUGGUUUGUCGUUUAUUAAACUAUCCGACGAAGUUCGAAUGCUUGUAAAUAAUUUAAUGUUAAUAUCCAUUGUUUUAUAUUAAUACAAACGUUUCAUAUUGCUGGUGUUGCAAUUUGAAUUUUAUUGCCAUACACAGUUGUUGAUAAUUGUGAAAUGUUAACGUAGAUUUUAAGAAAUACUCGCAAAAUAUAUUAAAUUAUAUAUUAAAAUGUAUCGAAAUGAGAAAAUUUUGCACUUGGAAUAUCUCUGUCCUUUACCACCGAUAUGUAUUCUAUAUUUUGUAUUGUUUACGAUGAAAUAAAAAUGCUAAUGAGGUCCUGUA